AUGAGUGACUCUUCCACCCCUCCUUCGGUGCCGGAGGGGGUGUUCUCCCUGCUUGAUACAGACCUAUACAAACUUACCAUGCAAUGUGCGGUGCUCAAAUACUUCCCCGAUGCUGAACUUGCAAAUAUAUCUCUAACAACUGAGGAAUACGAAUAUCUCAAGUCACAAUGUCCAUACUUUAGCCCUGCUUACCUGUGGUUCUUAUCAUCCUUCCGCUUCAAGCCUGCGGGGCAGCUUCACAUCUCCUUCACCGCUAUAAAUGACACAGGCGCGGAAACAGAUACUGGAGAUAUCAACAUAACAAUAAAUGGCCUGUGGGUGGAGACUAUUCUCUACGAGAUACCCCUCUUGGCACUAGCCAGUGAAGCAUAUUUUAAAUGGUGCGAUCGUGACUGGGAUUAUCGGCACCAGGAAGAGAAGGCAUAUCGAAAGGGCGCCACCCUGCUAGAACAUGGAUGUAUUUUCUCUGAAUUCGGCACGCGGAGGCGAAGGAGUUAUCACACUCACAGUCUGGUUAUGAAGGGCCUCUGUCGCGCUGCAGCUGAUGGCAAGGUGAAAGGAUGGAAAGGUGCGAUGUCUGGCACUAGCAACGUGCAUUUCGCAAUGAAGCACGGUGUUACUCCUGUGGGUACCGUUGCUCAUGAGUGGUAUAUGGGAAUUGCCGCUAUUACGGAUAAUUAUGAGAAUGCCAAUGAAAUUGCUUUGCGAUAUUGGCUUGGAUGUUUUGGGGAAGGGGUCACUUUAACCGAUACAUUUGGCACGCCCGCUUUUCUAGAUGCCUUUCGCAAGCCAAUACCGAACUACACAACAGCAACGCAAGGAGCGGAAGGCACCUUAGCCUCCUUCACGGAGGGCAAUUCUACAACAGGCAACUUAUCCCACAUAGAACCACCAUUCGAGGCGCCUAUCAAAUAUCCCUCCAAUGAGGAACAAAAUGCCUCGAGUACCAGAACAUAUGCUCAGGCAUUCACGGGCGUGCGCCAGGACUCCGGCGACCCAGUCAACUUCGUCAAGAUGGUGCGUGACUUUUACGACAAGGAAGGCAUUAAAGAUAAGAAAACGCUUGUGUUCUCCGACUCGCUGAAUCUGCAGCUGUGUUUGGACUACAAGGUCGUUGCUGAGGAAGCAGGAUUCCAACCUGUCUUUGGUGUCGGGACGUUCCUUACCAAUGAUUUCACACGGCUAUCCGACCACAAGAAAUCCGUGCCGCUAAACAUUGUCAUCAAACUCUCGUCUGCCGGCGGCCGGCCCGCCAUCAAAUUAUCGGACAAUCUAGGUAAGAAUACUGGUGAUACUCGUACUGUCGUUGAGGUUAAGAAGCGUCUUGGGCGAUGA